AUCAGUCUUGUUAUUCUUGAGAAUGGGCUGAGAGGGAGAAAGAUUGUGGCAUGUGACUCAUGUUUAAAGAUGGAUAGAGACUAUGGCUCACUGCUCAGCACCAUCAAGAGGAGGAGGCAGCUGACUGCUGAUAAGCUUAGGUUCAUAGCAGAGGAGGACAUGGCUUAUGAGGGCAUGAGCACACAGGAGGAAGAUCUGCUGGACCAGCAACUACUGCAGGAAGACCCGGAGCAUGAGGGGAUGGAGGAUGAGAUGGAACCUGAUCCCCAGCCAAGACCAUCAACUGGAUAUGUACAAAUGUAGAGCUAUCGGUGUCGCCAGCUUCACCCAGGCCUGGUGUUGCCCACUCUCAGCCCCGCUGCCCUCCGCAUGUUACGGGAAUCCAUCGUGACAGGAUACCAGCAGCACCAGUGACUGUAAACAUGGCGGCGUGCACAGCCAGAUGCCUGUGCUAUGUGCCUCCUUACUGAAGCCGCGAUCAUCGACACACUUCCAUGAUGGAGACCGAGGAGGAGCAGCACAUGACCACGCUGUUAUGCAUGGGCUUCCCAGACCCGGUGGCCAUCCGGAAAGCCCUGCGCCUGGCCAAGAACGACAUCAACGAGGCUGUCGCGCUGCUCACCAACGAAAGCCCGGGACUCGGAUACGGCUACGAGCCGAUGGAAAGCGGCCCUUCCCCGGGCUCCGGCCACAGCGGCGACGGCGAGAACAGCGGGCGCACCGGGACCGGGGGAUUUGAUCCUCCUCCUGCGUAUCAUGAUGUCGUGGAAAGUGAGAGGAGUAAUGAUGAGAAUGGAAACUGUUCUGGGAACAGUAUGGAGUUUCCCACCACUAAUCUUUAUGAGCUGGAGAGCAGAGUGUUCACGGAUCACUGGUCCAUCCCGUACAAGAGAGAGGAAUCACUCGGCAAGUGCCUCAUCGCCUCCACCUGCCUGGCCCGACUGGGCUUGGCUGAUGCAGAUGAGAACUGCAAGAGAUUCAUGGACAGGUGCAUGCCUGAGGCCUUCAAAAAGUUGCUGACAUCGAGUGCAGUGCACAAGUGGGGAACAGAGAUUCAUGAAGGCAUCUACAACAUGCUGAUGCUGCUGGUGGAUUUAGUAGCUGAGAGAGUCAAACAGGACCCCAUACCCAUCGGACUCUUGGGAGUUCUUACUAUGGCUUUUAACCCUGACAAUGAGUAUCACUUUAAAAACCGGAUGAAGGCCGGUCAGAGGAACUGGGCGGAAGUGUUUGGAGAGGACAGUAUGUUUGCUGUAUCUCCCAGCACCAGCUACCAGAAGGAGCCUCAUGGCUGGCUGGUGGAUCUUGUGAAUCAGUUUGGAGAAAUGGGAGGCUUUACAGCAAUUCAAUCCAAGCUCAACCAGGAAGAGAUAGAGAUUGGGUGUGUAUCUGCUCUGGUUCAGCCGCUCGGUGUGUGUGCAGAAUACCUCAACUCCGGCCUUGUGCAGCCCAUGCUGGACCCGGUCAUCCAUAAGAUGAUCACAUAUGUGCAGAACCUGGAGGAAAAAGACCUGAAAGACAAGCGUUUGGUGAGUAUUCCAGAGCUCUUGUCGGCCAUUAAGCUCCUGUGCAUGCGAUUCCAGCGGGAGCUGGUUAACGUCGUGGAUGACCUUCGGUUGGACAUCCUCCUCCGAAUGCUCAAAACCCCCCACUUCAGUGCCAAGAUGAACUCCCUUAAAGAGGUCACUAAACUCAUUGAGGAAAGUACAGUUUCCAAGACUGUGAAGAACGCCAUUGACACAGACCGACUCCUGGACUGGCUGGUAGAAAACUCAGUCCUCUCAAUAGCUUUGGAAGGAAACAUUGACCAGGCCCAGUACUGUGACAGAAUAAAGGGAAUCAUUGAACUGUUGGGCAGUAAGCUCUCAUUGGAUGAGCUCUCCAAAAUAUGGAAAAUACAGGCUGGCCAGUCGUCCACUGUGAUUGAAAACAUCCACACCAUCAUCGCCGCCGCUGCCGUCAAAUUCAACUUCGACCAGCUCAGCCACCUCUUUGUCCUCAUACAGAGAAGCUGGGAAGUGGAGAGUGAUCGUGUGAGACAGAAGCUUCUGAGUCUGAUUGGACGGAUCGGCAGGGAGGCUCGCUCCGAGGCGACCACCGGAAAGGUGUUGGAGGUAUUGUGGGAGUUGGCCCAUCUCCCCACGCUGCCCACCACUCUAGUGCAACAGGCUCUGGAGGAGCAUCUCACCAUCCUUAGCGAUGCAUACGCAGUCAAAGAAACCAUCAAGAAGAACUACAUCAUUAAAUGCAUUGAGGACAUCAAGAAGUCAUCUCAGCAGAGUAAUCCUCAAACGGUCUGGGUUGUUCCAGCUUUAAGACAACUUCAUGAGAUCACACGGUCCUUUAUCAAACAGACCUACCAGAAACAGGACAAGAGUAUAAUCCAGGACCUGAAGAAGAACUUUGAGAUAGUGAAGCUGAUCACAGGGUCUCUGGUGUCAUGUCAUCGCUUGGCUGUGUCUGCCUCUGGAUCAAACGGUCUGUCUGGAUCCACGCUGGUGGAUGGACGAUACUCCUAUCAGGAGUAUUUGGAGGGUCACUUGAAGUUCCUUGCGUUCUUCCUGCAAGAGGCCAGUCUGUACCUUGUCUGGAAUAGAGCCAAAGAGAUCUGGGAAUGCCUGGUGUCCGGCAUGGACGUGUGCGAGCUGGAUCGAGAGAUGUGUUUUGAAUGGUUUACUAAAGGACAACAUGAUCUAGAAAGUGACGUUCAACAGCAGCUCUUUAAAGAAAAGAUCCUCAAACUGGAGCCUUAUGAGAUCACUAUGAAUGGGUUUAACCUUUUCAAGACCUUCUUUGAGAAUGUGAACCUCAGUGACCACCGUCUCAAACGGCAGGGAACACAACUGUGUGUGGAGCGAUUGGAUGUGACUGGGAUGGACUUCAUCUGGAGAAUUGCAAUGGAGUCUCCAGACGAGGACAUCGCUAACGAAGCCAUACAGCUCAUCAUUACCUACAGCUACAUUAACCUCAACCCCAAAAUGAAGAAGGACUCUGUGUCUUUACAUAAGAAGUUUAUUGCUGAUUGCUAUAAGAGAUUGGAGGCUGCUAGCUCUGCACUGGGUGGCCCGACCCUCACACAUGCUGUUACCCGGGCAACCAAGAUGCUGACAGCCACUGCUAUGCCAACAGUCGCUACAUCAGUGCAAUCUCCAUCCAGGUCCAGUAAACUGGUGAUCAUUGAGAGACUGCUGUUAUUGGCUGAGCGAUAUGUCAUCACAAUUGAGGACCUGUAUUCUGUUCCUCGGACUAUUCUACCUCAUGGAGCGUCUUUCCACGGCCAUCCUGUUACACUGCACAUCACUUACGAAUCUACCAAAGACACAUUCACCUUGGAGGCCCACAGCAAUGAGACCAUAGGUAGCAUCAGAUGGAAGAUAGCCGAGCAGCUCAGCUGUCCAGUGGACAAUGUGCAGAUAUUUGCCAAUGACAGCAUGCUGACGAUGAAUCGUGACCAGAAGCUGUUAAAUCAGCUGGGUUUCUCUGACGAGCAGAGUCUGACAGUGAAGAGCUCAGGAACAGGCACUCCAUCAGGCAGUUCAGCGGACAGCUCUGCCUCAGCCAGCUCCAGCAGCAGCGGGGUCUUCAACUCAGCAUAUGCUCUUGAGCAGGAGAAAUCUCUUCCUGGUGUGGUGAUGGCGCUGGUGUGUAAUGUUUUUGAGAUGCUUUAUCAGCUGGCCAACUUGGAGGAACCCAGAAUAACUUUACGUGUAAGAAAGUUAUUGCUGCUCAUCCCGACUGACCCGGAGGUGCAGGAUGCCCUCGAUAACUUUGUGCCAAAAGAGUCCAGCGUCUGGAGUCACCAGAAAACUUUGUUUACACUGGGGUCUGGUUCUCAAGCCUCUAAGUCUCCGUCGCUGUCCAGUAAACAGCAGCAUCAGCAGAGUGCAGCGUCCAUACUGGAGUCUCUGUUUCGCUCAUCUGCCCCGGGCAUGUCUACAUUCAGAGUGCUUUAUAACCUAGAGGUUUUAAGCUCUAAGCUGAUGCCCACAUCUGAUGAUGAAAUGGCAAAGACCAGCGUCAAAUCUUUCUGUGAGAACUUCCUCAAAGCUGGAGGUCUCAGUCUGGUGGUUAAUGUCAUGCAGAGAGACUCCAUCCCAUCUGAAGUGGACUAUGAGACCAGACAGGGAGUCUAUUCCAUCUGCCUGCAGCUGGCCAGGUUCCUGCUAGUAGGGCAGGCCAUGCCCAGUAUCUUGGAUGAAGAGUUGAGCAAGGAUGGUCUGGACACUUUGUCCUCUCGGCCGUUCCGUAAUGCGGGGCGGCAGAGCGGUCGACAGCUCUCUGUCUGCGGAACGCCAGAGAAGUCCUCCUACAGGCAGGUGUCCAUGUCUGACAGAUCGUCCAUCAGAGUGGAGGAAAUCAUACCAGCAGCUCGUGUCGCCAUACAGACAAUGGAGGUGGGAGACUUUACAUCCACAGUGGCGUGUUUCAUGCGGCUCACAUGGGCGGCGGCUGCAGGUCGAUUAGACCUAGUUGGCAGCAGCCAGCCAAUCAGAGAGACGACCAGCUCACUCCUACCACUUGGUGUACGCAGCAGGGUCAGCAGCACAGGAAGUAACUGCAGCUCUGGGAGUGAGGGAGAGAUCACCACAUUACAGGCAGGAAUCUGCGUUAAACAGCUGUUUGUGUCGAUCAAAGACACCAUCAUUGCACGAGAGGCGCUCUCUUUACUCGUCACAUGCCUUCAGUUACGCUGCCAACAACUCUCUUCAUUUUACGCUCUGCCUUCUGUGAAUGAUUUCAUCAUUGAUAUCCUGCUAGGGUCGCCCAGUGGAGAGAUCCGACGUGUCGCUUGUGAUCAGCUGUACACUCUUAGUCAGUCGGACACGUCGGCAUACCCUGAUCUCCAGAAGCCCAACCUCUUCCUGCUAAAGGUGGUUCUGACAGCUCAGCUUCCUCUCUGGUCCCCAACCAGCAUCAUGAGGGGCAUAAACCAAAGGUUGCUUUCGCAGUGCACAGAUUAUUUUGACCUGAGGUGCCAACUCUUGGAUGACCUGACUAUGGCUGAGAUGGAGCAGCUUCAGAUCAGCCCGGCAGCCAUGCUGGAGGAUGAGAUCAGCUGGCUUGAUAAUUUUGAGCCGACUUGGACCAGCGAGCUGGAAACAAGCGAAGCUGAUAACAUCCUGCUGGCCGGACACCUGCGCCUCAUCAAAACCCUGCUGUCCCUCUGCGGCAGCGAGAAAGAGCAGUUCGGACCAUCUCUGAUCUUGCAGCUGUUGGACGACUUCCUCUUCAGAGCAUCUCGAAUCAUCCUGAACAGUGACAGCUCGUCUAGCACUACCGCAUCUAUCCACGACUUCCACCCAAAGUGCAGUACGGUAAGCAGUCGUCUGGCGGCCUAUGAGGUUCUGGUCAUGUUGGCUGACAGCUCUCUCACUAACCUGCAGCUCAUCACUAGUGAACUCUUGUCAAUGCACCAUCAGUCAGACCCCUCCCUCACCAAAGAGUUUGACUAUCUUCCUCCUGUAGACAGUCGUUCUGUGUCUGGCUUUGUGGGACUGAAGAACGGUGGUGCGACCUGCUACAUGAAUGCAGUGUUCCAGCAGCUCUAUAUGCAGCCUGGUCUGCCUGAGGCUGUGUUGUCAAUUGAAGAUGAUGCAGAAAACCCAGAGGAGAGUGUGUUCUGUCAGGUUCAGUCUCUGUUUGGUCACCUGAUGGAGAGUAAACUGCAGUACUAUGUACCUGAGAACUUCUGGAAGAUCUUUAAGAUGUGGAAUAAAGAAUUAUACGUGCGAGAACAGCAGGACGCCUAUGAGUUUUUCACCAGUCUAGUGGACCAGCUCGAUGAACAUCUGAAGAAAAUCGGUCGAGAGCAGAUCUUCAAGAACACAUUCCAGGGGAUUUUCUCUGAUCAGAAGAUAUGCAAAGACUGCCCACACAGGUAUGAGCGUGAGGAGACGUUCAUGGCUUUGAACUUGGGUGUGACGUCGUGUCAGAGUCUGGAGAUUUCUCUGGACCAGUUUGUUAGAGGAGAAGUGCUGGAUGGCAGCAAUGCUUAUUACUGUGAAAAGUGCAAAGAGAAGAGGACCACUGUGAAGCGGACCUGUAUAAAGUCUCUGCCCAGUGUGCUGGUCAUCCACCUCAUGCGCUUUGGCUUCGACUGGGAAAGCGGCCGGUCCAUCAAGUACGACGAGCAGAUCAGAUUCCCCUGGAUGCUGAACAUGGAGCCGUACACGGUGUCAGGAAUGGCCCGUCAGGACUCGAGCGCGGAUCACGGGGAGAACGGGAGAGGGGGCGAGGCUGGCUCUGGAGGAUCGCCUCGGAAGAAAGUUACCAUCUCUGAGAACUAUGAACUGGUGGGAGUGGUGGUGCACAGUGGACAGGCCCACGCAGGACACUAUUACUCUUUCAUCAAAGACCGCAGGGGUAGUGCUCGAGGACGCUGGUAUAAGUUUAAUGACAAUGUUGUAGAAGAGUUUGAUAUGAACGAUGAGACUCUGGAGUACGAGUGUUUUGGAGGAGAGUACAGACCGAAAGUGUACGACCAGUCUAAUCCAUAUCCGGACAUGCGGCGGCGCUACUGGAAUGCUUACAUGCUGUUUUACCAACGGAUCAGUGACCAGAACUCCCCGGUGCUACCUAAAAAGAGCCGGGUCAGCAUCAUGAGGCAGGAGGCAGAGGAUCUUUCACUGUCAGCCCCCUCCUCUCCAGAGAUCUCACCCCAGUCCUCCCCACGGCCACCCAGAGCCAACAAUGACCGCCUCACCCUGCUCACACGGCUGGUCAAAAAAGGAGAGAAGAAGGGGCUUUUUGUGGAGAAGAUGCCAGCCAGGAUCUAUCAGAUGGUGAGAGAUGAGAAUCUGAAGUUCAUGAAGAACAGAGACGUAUAUAACAGCGAUUACUUCAGCUUCACUCUGUCUCUGGCCUCUGUCAAUGCGACAAAGUUGAAGCAUCCAUCGUAUCAGGCCAUGGCGCAAACCAGUUUGCAGCUAGCCGUCCAGUUCCUCUUCCACACGUACCUGCGUACUAAAAAGAAACUCAGGGUGGACACAGAGGAGUGGAUCGCUACAGUGGAGGUUUUGUUGUCCAAGAGUAGCGAGGCGUGCCAGUGGAUGGUGCAGUACCUGGUGGCACCUGAAGGACGAGAGAUCAUCAAGAUCUGUCUGUUAGAAUGCAGUGUGCGGGAGGUACGUGUCGUGGUGGCCACCAUCCUGGAGAAGACCCUGGAGAGCGCUCUGUACUUCCAGGAUGCUGGGCUGGACUGUCUUUUGGACAUGCUGCUGUCCCUGUUGGAUAAAGACGUACCGGACAACUGCAAGAACUGCUCUCAGUAUUUCAGCCUCUUCAGUAACUUAGUAGCUCAGAGGGGCUAUGGGCCGUGUCAACUGCUGCUCAAACAUUCAGCCUAUCGUCGCAUGCUUGUCUUCCUGCUGGGACCCAAUAGACAAAACAACCAGCACCGGCGCUGGAGUUCAGCACAGGCUCGGGAGUUCCUGCAUCUCCACAACACUCUGGCCCUGAUAGUGCUGCACACAGACCUCACUUCUCAGAUGACAGAGACUCCAGGAGUGUUCAAGCAGAGUUCCUUGGGUUUGGUGGCUCCAUCUUCUCCACUUCUGCCUCUACAUCCAGACAUCAACACACUGCUCUUCAAACCUGAUGGCCAGGCAUAUCUCAUGGAGGUGAUGUUUGCCAUGCGUGAGCUGUCUGGCCCAUUGUCAUUUCUCAUCGAGAUGAUCACAUACUGCUCAUUCUGUAACGAGCCUUUCUCACUGGGAGUUCUGCAUUUACUCAAGAAUCACCUUGAGACGGCUCCACCUCAUGAACUGAAGAAUGUCUUCCAGUUGCUCCUAGAGAUCCUGAUGGUAGAGGACCCUCUGCAAUCCCAGAGACUCAAAUAUGCAUUUGAAUCUGAUAAAGGCCUUUUGGCUUUGAUGCAUCAGAGCAACAAUGUAGACAGCAGUCGCUGCUACCAGUGUGUUAAGUUCCUGGUCACACUGGCUCAGAAGUGUUCUCCAGCUAAAGAUUAUUUCAAAGAGCUCUCAGGACAUUGGAGCUGGGCAGUACAGUGGCUGCAGAAAAAGAUGUCUGAGCACUACUGGACGCCUCAGAGUAACGUUUCAAACGAGACGUCCACGGCUAAAACCUUCCAACGUACCAUCUCAGCACAGGACACUCUGGCCUACGCCACAGCUUUACUUAAUGAGAAGGAACAAUCCGGCAGCAGUAAUGGUUCAGACGGCAGCCCAGCCAAUGAGAACUCAGACAGAAGCCUCAGACAGGGAUCAGAAUCACCAAUGAUGCUGGGAGAUUCCCGGAGUGACUUAGAAGAUGUGGACCCCUAACUCUCCUCAUUGUUUUUACACAAAAAACAAAAACAAAAAAGGUUUCCCUCCAACAGAAAGAUGUUGUGGACCUAAACAGACAAUCAGAAAACUGCAUUUGAUCUUGGGACUGUAAUUGGAGUGCCUGCAACAACUAACAGACACCAAUCUUCAGGUCGCCUCGUCAGAGAUGCAAACAUCUAGUUUUUUUUUUGCCGGUGGUCACUGGUUAAAGCCUGGCUGUAUGAAAAGAGUUCAGGUCUUGCAAGUCAUUCAGAUAUUACAUCUGACGAGUUCUGUCAGGCAAAUGGAACAAUAUACAAAUGGAGGGUUUUGUUUCCUUGAAUUUUUUUACAUAAAACUACAAGAUACAAUGGUGCCAGAAGGGGUGUUUUAAACUAAAUCUGUUAGCGUAUAUUUGCCAAUGUAAUUAAGUAGAUACUGUUCAUGAGAAAUGUAAAGAUGUGUUCCAUAAAUGUAAUUUCAAAUGUAAAAUAAUAUUUUUUAAAAAUCCUUUACUGAUUUCCUUUUUUCUUUUUUUUUUUUUUUCUUUUUUUUUUUUUGGAACAGUUUGAGGGGUGCCUCAAAUCUAUUCAAAGAGGAACUUGCCAAGUCUUUGAGAGUCAAAUAAUCACGCCCUUUUCCCCCCUUUCUUUCUUGCUGGUAUUUUUUUAAUGCACUUUAUAUUUGAAUUCAGUUUGUGACAAUGUCCUGAUAUGGAGACAAUUGGACAGUCAUGUCUGUCGCUGCUCUCUGUCCAUCUUUCACCUUGAUUUCUUCACUGCUGAAGAUCAAACAGCAUGUAGGGAAACUAGGCUAGGUGUCCAAGACAACACAAGUGUAUACACGAGUGGUAGGCAAGAAAUAUGUCAUUGGGUGGCAGAUAUAUUGCAUCAAUAAAGAUGCGUCCUAAGACACAUUAUGCAAGCACUGUCUAGGCCAACACACAAACAUGGUGAAAUCAGAGAUGUAUGGCACUGUAAAACACCUUUUCUUCUUUAAGGAAAGAUGAUGCGUGCUACAAUCAGCAAUUGCCUGUAUUAUUGAGAAACUGUCUCUCACUAUUUCUGUCUGUUCUGAUGUUGUCAUGUGCUGAUUUCAUAUGAUUUGGCCGAAACAGAUGUCUGUGCAGACCGUAGUUGGCCUGCAUUUGGAGGGGUGCAGUUUAAAAGCAAGGGACUCUGUACCGGCCGUGGUUACACUUUUCAGGGGUUAAUUUUGCCAAAUGUAGCUUUUUUGAUUUGUGUGCUUGCAUCUUUCUGUUUGAUCUGACUUACAACUUGUGCACAAUGCAAAUUGGAAGACAGUUCUGCUGGGGGAAAAAACAGCUUAAACCAGCUUAAGCUGGUUUACUGGUCUGUUUGCUGGUCUUAGACUAGUUUGGGGCACUGGUCAGGCUUGGAUACCAGCUGGCCAACCUGUUAAACCAGCUUUGCCAGGCUGGAAGACCAGCUAAACCAGCUCAAAACCAGCUUACCCAGGCUGGGAGUACAGCUAAAGACCAGCUUGGUCAGGCUGGGAGACCAGCUGAAAACCAGCUUUGCCAGACUGGAAGACCAGCUUAUACCAACUAAAACAAGUAAACCAGCUUAGGCUGGUGUGAGGUGUGUGUUUUUUCAGCAGGGACAAUGAGGAUUGGGCAGAAAAGGGGGUGAAGGGUGAGAGGAGUGAGAGUUAAGAGAUUGUUGAUUGAUGGGUAUUUCUCACAAAAGCAGUAAUGUGCCUUUACUCCACUCCUCCCCUCUACUGCUUGUGUCCUCACCUUCAGUCAAACCAGUGGACAGUGUGCUACAGAAAUGCCUGAACUCACUCAUUUUGAAAACAACGCACAUGCAUACUCGCACGUUGGAAUGCAGAGGUGGCUCGACUGCACUCACUUCAGAGUGCCAUAUGAGGAAGAAAACUCAUCUAGCGUCUCAAGGUCCCUGUUUAAGCCGUGCAUGUAAUUUCUCUUUCACUGAGUUGGCAGGGUGAUUCAGCUAAUGUGUGCUGCUUAUUUUUGGUUUUAGAAUAGACUAGAACACUUAGUGACAUUACUUAAAUGUUUACAGCGAAAGGACCUCAAAACCACCACACACAAAAAUGUGCUGAUUUGCGGAACCAUUUGUGCUGCUUUUUAUCUCACAUUCAUCUGGUUAUUUGCGCUUCACUUUCAUGAAGCAUUCAUGUUGCUGCUUUUCUCGUUGUGCUUCUUUGCAUGUCUGUCCGUGUAUGUGUGAGAGACUCUUGCUGGGAAAAAAAACAACAACAGCUUAAACCAGGCUAAGAUAGUUUGGUGUUCUUUUCUGGUCUCCAGGCUGGUCUUAGAGGGGUUUUGGGCACUUGUCAGCUGGUUAGGCUGGUAAACCAGCUGAAGACCACAUUGGCCAGACUGGGAGACCUGCUGAAAACAAUCUUGGCAAGGUUGGGAAAUUAGCUGAAUACUUCAUUGACCUGGCUGGGAGACAAUCUAGACCAGCUGAAGACCAUCUUGGUCCAUUGGAAGACAAGCUGAAGACCAUCUUGGUUAGGCUGGGAGACCAGCUGAAAACUAUAUUUGGCCAGGCUAGAACACAAGCUGAAGACCACCUUGGCCAGGCUAGAACACAAGCUGAAGACCAGCUUGGCCAGGCUAGAACACAAGCUGAAGACCAGCUUGGCCAGCCUAGAACACAAGCUGAAGACCUCCUUGGCCAGGCUGGAAGACAAGCUGAAGACUAGCUUUGCCAGGCUAGAAGACAAGCUGAAGACCACCUUGACCAGGCUAGAAGACAAGCUGAAAACCACCUUGCCAGGCUAGAAGACAAGCUGAAGACCACCUUGGCCAGGCUGGGAGACAAGCUGAAGACCACCUUGGCCAGGCUGGGAGACAAGCUGAUGACCACCUUGGCCAGGCUGAGAGACAAGCUGAUGACCACCUUGGCCAGGCUGAGAGACCAGCUUAAACCAGCUUAGGCCAUGUCUUUACCUUUUUUAACAUUUUCUACACCUGUAGAUGCUGUACCAACUACUCUGUAGAUCUGUGAUCAGGCUUGCGUUUUAAGCUGGGUGUCAGGACAGGGUUAAGAAUUUGUGAAAUUCUCAUUCAUUUCUGCUGUGAGUGUGUAUGAUGUGUAAAGGAAUCUGUAAGUGCAUGUUAAAACCACAUUUUAAAUUGUACAUCAGAGUUUGACAAUGAAAACAUUUGAUAUAAAAAGAUAAGACUGGAAUGCGCAA